UAUUAUUAAAUUAAUUAUAACAAGGUUUGUUCGAUCAGUACAAUACACACACACAUACGCCGAGUAAGUAAAGUGAGAGAAAAAGGAAAAGAUCUCUCUAAACACCGUACGCCAAUUGGAACUCCACACUAGGAUGUGUCAUAAAAUCGAAAAGCAACGAACGUGAAGGAUACGCGAUGCGAAUGACAUUGCGAUUCGUGACAAUUCCACUUUUGGCAUCCUGGCAUCGUCGAGACGAACGGAAGUGUCUUUUUUCAUUUGCUCGCACGUUUUCACCGCGGACACGUGAUCGAGGAUUGCUCUGAUCAGAUCAGAUGGAUGUAAAAUGCGUAUCCCGCACGACGUAACCUCAAACCGAUGGAACAUGAGGGAUCAGGUUUGACGACGGCGGCGAUGACAUCGCUUUACGUCGCUUCCUCGGGAGAGGGAUUCAUCCGUGAACGCGCGCGUGAACUCCUCGCGAGUUCCGCAAGGUCCUUCCGCAUUGCAGGCGUCCGUUGACACGAUACGCCAAUGCACUGUACCACGAAAUACUCGUGUGUAUGCAUGUAAACGCGCGCGGCAUGGCUGCAUACGCGCGCGCGCGUACCGCCCGUUUUCUGGCCCGUAUUUACAAUCGCGUAGCAUAUCGGAGUCGCCACCAUGCACGCGCGCGCGCGCUCAGCGCCUGCGUACAUCUUGUUUACAACUGCGGAGCUCACCGUACACAUGACCUUUACAAGAUAGACACGAUCGUCUGUCGGCUGACUAGGCGUGAACUCGCGCACGGCUCGGCAAGGAGAGAGAAAAAGAGACGUCGCGCGAGCGUGCUGCGUCGUGGCGAGCCAUCACCUUUUGCUGGAAUACAUCCGGUAGCCACGUUCACCGUGAUCGCCAGACACCGCGAGUUUACGCGCCGUCAAGUCGCGUCGUAUUGCGCAUCGCAUCGCAUUCAAUCACCUCGCGGCCAGGAGAGUGCGACGAACGACGUGAUCCGUCGGUCGCUCGGCUCGCGCCUAAUUACGAUACGCUCGAACGUGUGACGCGGUGUUUGUCGCGCGCACGCGCCCCCGUCUAUGAAGGGGGAACGCAUCCCUGACAAGUGCGAAACGAGGGUUACCGCGUGCGCGAGAUACGGCGGAGGAAGGCGGCGGUGAGAGUGACCGUGUUCGUCACCUUGGUCGAAACGAUUCGAGAGUGACUGUGAGCCUCGUGUAAUUUUUUCACGUGUCGAAAUACGCGAACGAAACCAAGAGCGAGAUUGUCGCGUAAUUGGUGCGUUGAGAGAUUAAAUGUGCCCGCUUGCGAGUGUCUCGCUUGGAUUCGAGAAGGAGAGCAGCUGCGAACAAGUAGGAAGAGUGGAAGUUGGUCUCGACGGACGGAGCUGAGGUGUGCGGGAAGAGCCACGAGAAACAGUGCGACGCGUUUCCUCGCAUCGACCUGGAAUGCCGCCGUCGCUUCGUCGCCGUCACGAUUGUUUUGACGUCGUGUGCUGCCUUUAUUGCGCAUGAAAAAAAUUGCGUUGCCCUUGGCAGUAGCCUAUUUAUUCGAGAGCAGCGCGUCCGUCGUGGGUGCCGUGUCGUGCCGUGUCGCGUCGUGUCGUGCGUACGUGCACGAGUGCGUGCCAUGCUGUACCGUGCCGUGCCGUGCCGUGCUGUGCCCUGCCGAGCAGAAGCGAUUCGAUAAGGGGCGAAUUUCGGCCAGCCGCCCACCUGCAAGCCACCGUCAUCCGUUCGCUCGUUCCGUCCGCCGCGCCGUACACGUUUUCCGCGAAAGUCGGGGACGGGACGCGCGCGCUCACGACUCCAAGAGGGAGGGAGAGAAAAAUAAAGAGAAUACGCCUUGCCGUGCGAAUCCCCCUGCCCCACUGCUAUCCCUCUUUCAUCCUUCUCUCUUUCUCUCCACGUCUUCCUGUUUGUGAACCGCGUAUACGUGUACGCCUCGCGUGUGUUGCGUCUCCGUCAUUCUGGUUGGCAGUACGCUCGUGCGUCUGCUGUCUCUGUUUUUCGCGCGUGCUUUUGCGCGCGCACGUGUGGUACGUAUACAUUAAUGUGCACGCAUAUGUAACGCGCGCGCACUCAUGUAUAUACACGUCACCAUCGUGGACAGUGCAGUAAAUCGUGUUAUUCGGAGCGAUAAACAGGUGCACGCGAGGCUUGUUGGUUAGUUUGUUUGUUCGUUUGUUCGUUUACUCGUUCGCUCGCUCACACACACACACUCAGACGAUAGUACGUCGUGCGAGCCGCUCGUGUAGCUGCCGACGGACGUUGCCGUUGCGUCGCGCAAAUUAUUCGCGCGUGGAAUGCGCGAGCAGUGGUGGUCUUGUCUGAGCCAUUAAGAGGCUCGGAUAGUGCGCGGGCAGCUCUUUCGGCGCGCCCUGAAACGCAAAGCAAGAUCGGUGGCGGGCGAAAUUAGACGAAACCGCGUGACAGGUGGAUUCGAGGCGUGUCGAGACAUAAAGAAAGAGAAAAAGUGAGGAAAGAGAGAGAGGGAGGGAGAGGGUGAGAGAGGGCGGGAAGGAGGGAACGAAGCGAGAGUGAGAGAGCGCCGUCGCGACAUCUCGGAGUCAUCGGGCGCGUUCAGUGGGAUCUUCCCCUACUACUGGUUUGGACACGGCGUGAAGGAAAGGAAGCAGGAGAUAGAUCGCGAGUGUCGUCGUUCUCGUGUCGCUCGGUGCGAUCAUCGUGGCUACUGCGUCGCUAUCGCGAAUCCACCUAACCUACGAGGAGAAGGUGGACGUCCGCGUGCUCGGUGCAUGAGCGCGCCGAGUGCCGCCGCGAAGGGAAGGGGCGGCGGAGCGGGACGACGGCACGCACACAUUGCCCGCCCGACGCAACACAUUCUCGGCCGCGAACGCUACUGAGUGCACAUGCACCGGCGGUGGUGGUGCCGCCACCGCCACCGCUGCUGUUGCUACUGUUACUUGUGCGCAUCGUCGUCGCUUAUUUACGUCCCGAAACGUGCUCUCGUCGUGCGGAGGCGCACUCGCGAAGGCCACUCUUGACAUCGUUCUCCGUCGCGACUGUCAAUGCGCCGCGUGUUUGCGCGCGCGUGCAAAGAGUGUCGUUGGCGACGUUGGCCGCGACGGCGGCGAGGAACGACGACGACGACAACAACAACAUCGACGACGACGACGACGACAACAUCGAUUACGAAAACGUCGAGGGAAUUAGUGGUAGUAAACGCGAGCUGGAACGCGAUUCGCUGACACAUUGACGGCGGUUGCGUCGCGAGAACGCUGCAUUGCGUUAUAUCGCGUCACGUUGCGCUGUUAUGUUUGCAAACGUGCACGACGACACCAUAGUCCCGUAACGACGGGGCACGCUGCUGUCGCUAUCACCGACGGCCGUUAAUCGGCAGAGCCAACUAGAGAGAGAAAGAGAGAGUGAGUGAGUGGAGUGAGAGAGAGAGAGAGAGAGAGGAAGAAAGAAAGAAGGAAGGAGAGGAAGAGAGCGAGACAAGCUCCAACAAGCGCGAAUCUACUCGAGCGUAGCCGAGCGAGCGCGCGCGUGCUCUUGCUUGCUUGCUGGCUCGCUCGCUCGCUCGCUCGCUCGCUCGCUCACACGCUCGCAGGGAUUUUCUCGUAUUUCUCCCGCCACGAUGAACUUCCGUGCUCCGUUGCGCGUCGUGCGGUCUCUCCGCGCCGAGGAGGACGAGACGCACGUGUGACGACGCGCACUCUCGUCAGUCAAAUUGUAAAAGUGCAGCCAACACUCGCAUGCUUGAGGGGAAAGGGCGUGAAAGUGAGCAGUGGUGAGUGAGCACGAGCGAGAAACGACCGUGGUCUGGAAAGAAAUACCAUGUGAAUCACGCGUCAAGGGCCCUCACGUUGUCGCGUAUUGUGCGCGCGUACUCGAUCGUAGACUCCUUCGUGACCGUCUCGCGAUCUCGUCAUCGCCGACAAUGUCCUCGAGUAAGGGCCCGACGUCGCCGUCGAGCGGACCCGUGGUCCUCUGCGGCCAUCUGAAGAAGCUCAAGACCCUGAAGAAAAAGUUCUUUGUGCUGCGCGGCGAGGCGCCUGGCUGCCUCGCCUGUCUCGAAUACUACGACACCAAGAAGAAAUUUGACAACAAACAGCUGCCGAAACGCAGUAUACUGUUGCACAGCUGCUUCAACAUCAACAAGCGCGGCGACACCAAGCACAAACACGUGAUUGCGCUCUACACCAAGGACGAGUGCUUCUGCCUGAUCCUCGAGAGUGAGAAGGACCUGGACGACUGGCUGAAGGCAAUGCUGCGACUCCAGAGCGGGGACGUGCCCGACGGUGAACAACCGCGUCCUACAUUUGAGCACGUGUGGCAAGUUACGAUGCAGAGAAAGGGGCUGGGGGCACGAAAGAACAUUCAUGGACCCUACAGAUUAUGCCUCACCGAUCAAACCUUGAGUUUAGUGAAGAUUGGAGCACAGGAUAAUUCCGACUCUAUCGAAUUUUCUCUAAAUUACAUCAGACGAUGUGGAUUCGCGGAUGAUAUAUUUUACAUAGAAGUCGGCCGAUCCGCCGUAACGGGGGACGGUGAAUUUUGGAUGGCAGUCGAAGACAACAAUAUCGCGCUUAACAUGUACGACGUGAUAACGACUGCGAUGAGGAAUUCCAAGAGCAACAAGGAUGAAGUGGGACCUCGUCAGAGGAUGCGCAGUUCCUCGGCGAACGAAGCCAGCAAGCCGAUAUCCGUUCUCCAACGACGACACACCGGUCAAAAGCUUCACGGGUUCUCGCCCCUGGAGGAACAGAAGACACACAAGGAACAAGUGGAACCAUUGCAAGAACAGACCGUUACUUCCUCUGCUCCCACACAGUGUAGUCAAUCUCGGAGUACCUCCUCCGCCAAUACAGUCACGGGUGCGACCGGGCGCGACCGAUGCGACAGUUUGCCAUCGAGGGCUCGUACUACCAGCGAGGGACAACCAACCGCGGUUAUAUUGAGCCAUUCUAGAGGUACUCAUAUCAUGUCUCAUGUACCACGACCGCAUUCCAUGUGUGGACGAGGCCUUUCCCCGCCGAUCGCGUCAAUGCCCAUCAGCCCCGCUUCCGACGUUUGCUCGUCGGACUCGGCCGGAUCGUCACCCUCGAUGGACGACUGCGGUGAUAACAUCAUGGAGGAAGGCACUGUUUCGAGAUACGGACAUUCCUUGACGCCCGAUGAACCCGUGAUCUUGGACAAGAAGGGUGACGACUAUGCUCUCUGGUCGACGUCGCAUCCGCAUCUGAAAUACUCGCUAAACUUUAAAUCUCAUUCGCCCUCUCAGAGUUCCUACGGUGAAAUGUACAGUCCCUGCGGCUCGAGUCCUGGCCGCGGUGGCGCGUACAUGCCUAUGAGCCCAGGGACGACGGUUCACUCGCAUUCUCGAGGCUCGUCUCUCGUGGAAGAAAGCAACGUGGACGGUUAUGUACCGAUGGCACCGGUUGGAGAUGACGGUUACGUCGAUAUGGAUCCUGUAAAUAGUCACAACGGCCACUUCCCGGACGACAUAUCGCAGAACGACGGUAGCAGUUGUUCCGUUACCUCCGGUACACCUAGCACGGAUCUGCGAUUUUCCGAGUAUCAUCUGGACAAGGUGACCAGUUUCCUCGCACCUGGAGAGGAUCUGCAAGCCAGGCCGACUAGAGCUUACUCGGUCGGAUCCAGACCGGAACAGGCAAACAGGCAUCGUAAAAAUAGAUUGGACAUCACUCCGCAAGACUCCAAUAGAGUACGAGCUUUUUCCGUGGGCAGUCGUUCAAAGAGGCCCGAGAUCGGAAGGCUGGCUGGCGUGAUCACCGCGCCACUACCAGUCGGUUCGGACAGCUCAAACUCGAACAAGUCAAACUCCGCGCCGUUAUUGUCGAGCUCGUGGGGACACAACUCGGGCUGUUCCGGUGCGUCCGAUCGCAUGGAGGAUCUCAUGGAACUGGAUUUCACAAGGCCCAGUAUUCCAACCACUCUCUCCUCGCCUCCGUCAUCUUGUUCCCAGUCUCAGUCGCAGUCGCAAUCGUAUUCUACUGCCACCGAUACUAGUUCCUACGUCGACAUGUCGCCCGGACAGCCUCCCGUAUCGACCACUGCCCCAUACGUCGAUAUGAGUGGCAUAAAUAAGAUCAAUCGCAAUAACAAUAACAAUACAAUCACUGCCAACCACAAUCAUAGUCAUAUGCAUAUACCAUUAGCUUUCGCCCACAAGCCCGUAAUUACGACUUUAAAGCCGGUAGAGGAGGCAGAAGGACCUUACAUGAAGAUGGACGGCGGCAUGAUGGAGGAUUGGACGCAUUCGAAAGCGAGUCCGAAGCAAGUGUCAUCUCCCAUGCAAGAGGAUACUUGUCAAACGAAUGGCCCGCCAGGUAGCACGAGAACGGCACCGGUAGAUCUACCGCAACCGAGGCGGCCUCCGGAGGGAUACGUCGAGAUGUCUUUUAAAGCGCGACCGAGCUUGGAACAGGACUACAUAAAUAUGAGCAUGGGCGUGAACAAUCGGAACAACCGUAAAACGCGAACGGCCAGCCAUAAGGACAAAUCGCGGUCGCAACCGAUCGCGAUCCAGGCGGGCGGCAAGCCGUCCAAGACACCUAGCUUUUUACCUCUGAACGUAAGUCCGACGUCCGAGAGCCUGGUGAGCACGCCCGCCUCUCCGCCGCGAACAACGCCCACGGGCUCUUCGGCCACGAUCUUCCCCUUCUCGCUCAAUAGCCCGCAGUCGCCGGUAAAACCGUUUACGAAUCAGAAGAAAAGCAAUGACGUCGUCAACGACGACGUCGACGACGACGUCGACGACGACGUCGAUGACGACGACAACGAGGAGGAAGAGGAGGAGGAGGAGAUGAUCGAGAACGACAUCGACGUAAACAUCUCUAAACGGAACGAGAACAAUGACUACGCGGUGAUGGAACCUAAGAGGAUUCGCGCACCAUGUUCCAUCCCGCGGACGACGGAAACGAACGACCUCUUGUCGAAAACGAGUAAACGAGAAAACGAGAAGCUAUCCAAUCCCGUGAACAGGAACAUCACGCGGCUCGCGUCGAACAGCUUGUCCACGCAGGAGCGAGGUAGAUCCGUUAACCUGAUAACUCCGUUAACGAAGAAAUUCUCGGAUCUCACGAUAUCGAAACCGCGUCUCGUCACGGCCUCACCGAACACCAGCCCCACUCUGACGGGUUUCAAGCCAUCGGUCGUGCAACAUCCGAAAUCGUCGUCACCCAAGUUCAUCGACGAGACUCCCACGUCCACGCCCACGUCUACCCCAACACCUACACCGAGUCCGCUGGACAGCGAAGGUUACGAGAAGCUGCAGCCGGGCGCGACGAUCUUGCAUUACGCUAGUCUAGAUUUGCCGGAGCUCGGUAAUCCGGCACCUGUGUCGCCGGCAUCAACGCAGGAGGGUUUUACGUAUGCCGAGAUCGACUUUGCCAGACUCAAACGGAACUAGAAUGCAUCGUCCUCCCGAAUUCCCUUGAUGCGAGUGCGUGCCAAGUGAUCGUCGGCACGAGAUGCCCCUUACGUCCCUCCGCAUGUCCCGCGCGAUUAGGGUAAACGAGCACAGGCAGGGUAUAAAUCAAUCAGAUUCUGACAUUGAUUCUCGGCUGGUUCAACGAGCAAUGCGCCGAUGUAGCAGGCACUGUACAUUACCCCCUACGAUUCGUUUCUUUAUUUGAACCUGACGACCCAUUCGGCCCGUCGGCCGAUCUCUCUGGGGCAUGUACGUAUUGGCAGACUCAUUUUUUCAAUCGUUUCGAGAGGAAGCAUCGCUGGAACAGUCCUAGUAGUAUCGCAUUAAUAUCUGCAUUAACACUGUAUUUUAUCGGAAUGAUGUGAAGUUCUUUUAUAUAGACGAAAGAUGCUUUUUCUGCCGAUUUCAAAGGAAAAUUUCAAAUCCGGAUAAGGUUUAGUAGAGAAGCGAUAUACGUAAAUGUUAUUUUUUAUUCAGUUUAAUAUAUUUGUAUAAUUGGAUUACGUUACAUUAGAGAGGGAGGGAGGGAGAGAGAGAGAGAAAGAAGAAAUUCCUCGAUAUGUUUACCUAGAUAUAUAUAUAUAUACACACACACACACACAUACAUAUAUAUAUUUACCUAGUUAAGCAAGGACUGCUUGUAAAAAUGUAUAAAUGCUUUAAAUUUUAAUUUUGUUAAUAGACUUGUGCGCGUGUUACCUUUAUCAAAAUUUCUUAUAUCUUGUAUUAUAUAUCUCAGAUGCUGAUAAGCCAAAUGUGUAUAAGUCAAUUUCUUGUUUUUUCUUUUACGUCUUUACGACACACCACACACGCACACGCAUAUGCAAUGACAGGAUUUAUUUAUAUCGAUUUUCGGACAAUGUUUUUAAAUGAGAUCAAUUCCACUUCUUUUCGUAAUAUAGUACAUGUACAAAUUUGAACAAUGUAUCUUUUAUCAUGCGCGCAUUUCGUAUAAAUUUUAUUAAACUGGAUUCACUCGAGAUUUGCGUACUACGUGUCGCGUUUGUACAAAGAAUGUAAACUCGUGAGCCUGAUAUAUAAGAUGCAGCUUCCACAUUUUCAAGAUUCUCGUCAUUUUGUAAAAUUUUUCGUCAUUGAAUGCGCGAAUACUCGAUUCCCAGAUUACGGAAUCUGCUUCAAUUCGUGGGAGGAAUCGCCAAAUCCGUGGACCGAUGAAAUGGAUUUGUAAUUUUGGUAUUUUGAAAAUCGUUCCACGAAUCUACCGUCACGCGCAUUCCCGACGACGAUUCGCGUCUCACAAUAUUUUUUUUGCGAAAACUGAUAAACGCCUCUAUGACGGCAAGGCAAAAAAAGAAACAUACUGUUAGACACGUUGCGACUAAACCCCACGUUGACAUCGGUGUACUAAAGACGUUUCAGUGAAACUGAAUAUAUCGCAGAUGAGCUUUAGGAGUAUCUCGUAGGAAUAUUUCGUAGGUGGUGUGUAACGCUACCAGAAAACUAAGUACUGAAAGAGAAACGCGUGAAAGAGUUGUCUUUGUAACGUUGCUGCGGUUUGGAUGAUAUUCUGCUGAGCGGUAUAUCAACGGAAUGUCGUUGGCGCUUUUCCGGACGCAGAAUUUCAUUCGAAUCUGUUUCUCCUCGCAAAGAAACGUUAGCUCGACAUUUCAUAAGGUGCGUAUCGCAGACAAAAUAGAUGUUCCGUAUAAUGCGAUAUACAUGUGCUAUAUCAUGCUUUUCGUAUAAAUUAUCAAGGAUCCUAAAAGAGAGCUAAUUGUAUACACGAAACAGUGAGUCGCGCGAGCGUACACGUGUAUGCAUAUUCGUCUUGCGGGAUAUCCUGGUGAAAAACGGUACAACUGACAAUGUGCCGGAACACGCAGUACGAAGAGAGAUUUAUUUGUUGAAAAAAAA